CAACGCGGCCGCUUGUAGCGUUAGCUGCGUGCGUGUGUUGAAUUAGCUGGAAGACGGUAGCCAUUGUAGUCGUAGCACAGCUAAAUAUUUAAUUUGCAACUAAGCAACAAUGUCUUCGGUUGAGUAUCUGAGAGAAUUUGUUAACGAGCGACUAACUGCUGCUGAUAAAGAAAUAUUAGGAGUUUUUAGAAAAACUCUGGUCCAGUACGAGGAAGAGAUCGAUCGUCAGCGCAGACUGCUGGAUAUCGCUUGGAAACCUGAACAGUUACACAGAAAAAACCGAAAACGAAAGCUCCCACAGCAACAUGUCUGUAAGGAAGAGGAGGUUCUCGCAGACCAGCAGCUCUGUGUUCAGGAGAGGAACUCCAGUCUGGACCAGGAGGACCCAGAGCCUCCACAGAUUAAAGAGGAACAGGAGGAACCCUGCAGCAGUCAGGAGGGAGAGCAGCACGUACUGAAGCAGGAGACUGAUGUCUUUAUGUGGAUUCCUGCUUAUGAGGAAAGUGACCACAGUGAACCAGAACCAAACAGAGACCACCAGCUCCUCUCUCACAGUUCUCAUGUAGCUGAGAGCCAAGAUCAGACAAGAGGCAAGAAUGAAGAUUCAACUAGAGAUGCCAAACCAGAAUCAAAGAAAAGACAUCACAAAAGCAGCCGUCGCAGUAACAAUGUAUACAACUCUACCAGGUCAGAGAUUCGCCAUAAUCCUUACACAGGUGAAAAGGCUUUACAUUGUGAUAUAUGUGGAAGAGAUUGUAAGUCUAAGUCAAAUUUGCAGAGACACAUGAGAAGCCACACAGGUGAAAAGCCGUAUUCAUGCACAACAUGUGGGAAAGAUUUUAGAUAUGGCUGCAGCCUCAAAGCCCACAUGAUAUCCCACACAGACGAGAAGCCUUACCUUUGCAAGACCUGCGGGAAAAGAUACCGUCAAUUAUCAACCUUGUCAAAUCAUAUGAGAAUCCACACAGGUGAGAUGCCAUAUUCAUGCAAAACAUGUGGGGAAAAAUUCAAAGUUAACAAUCAGUUGGAACAUCACAUGAGAGGAGCCCACACAGGUGAGAAGCCGUAUACUUGCACAACAUGUGGGAAAGCUUUCAGGCAAAGUGGUCAGUUGACAGUCCACAUGAAAAGAGUCCACAGUGGUGAGAAGAAGUGAAAAAUAGCAGUGGUACCCGACCGUCCCUCUCCAUUUAGUCUCUUAGUACUGAUUACAUAUGUUGCUAUAUAUAUUCAGAAAUUCUGUUAUACUAUACCUCUUUGAGAACAUUGUCAGGUACCAGAAAUUAAGAACAUGUGCUUGGUAUUUGGAGGAAAUAUACAGUAUCUCAGAGAAAAUAGACAUGAUGUUGAACUGUGUAGCAAUAAUUAUGAUCCAAAAGUAUGUUUUCACCUACUGAAUGAAAUACACUUUUACAAUAGCUACAUCUCUGUAGCUGCAUGUAUACAAUUUCCUAUUGAGAAGACGUCACGAUAUAUUAGUAUAAAGAAGUUUAUAGUGAAAGGAGUUUGUUCUAACCUGUUUUUUCCCUUCAUCUUAAAUAUUACUCAAUUCUAACUGUCUGACUGUUUUUCUUUAAACAUAUUCUUUCUAAUAUUUUUUUAUUUUUAUUUACAAUUUUCAUACACUACCUCCUGCAUUAGUGGAUUGUAAUCUAUCUGACGUUGAAGUUGGGCUGGGCAGUUUGUUGUAAAAAUGUUAUUAGGAUUUACACUUUUAAUAUCACUCAAUAUUGAUAAUUAUCCCGAUAAAUGUCAAGUUAUUAUUCCUUUAAAGUUUAAAGAAGAUUUUUGAUCCCGAGUGAGGGUUGAAGAAACCAGAGAGUAAAUUAUGAUUUUUAAACUAAUCUUUAUAUUCAGAACAUGAAAAACACUUGCCAAUCAGUGGAUCGCUUAACACAUUUGAGGUACAACAUUCAAAACAAUUAUGACAUUUCUUUCAACAAAUAUACAUGAGUAAGAUUAAGUAAAAUCAUUUUUCUCAACAAAAGAAAUAUCUUUUUAAUUAAGAGUGUAUUUGUUUUAAAUUCAAAUUAAUUAAAUCAAACAAUUGAAUAUUUAUUGAACAUUUGUUAUAUUAUUAUUGAGGAAAAUUAUAUGGUGAUGAUUAUUAUUAUUUUGUUGCCCAGCCCUAUGUUUAAGCUGAGAAACCCUCUCACUAAUGGUGGUUUUUUGUGUGUAUUUUGUAGUUUUAUCAACUUGAUACAAUUGUUGUUUUUGGUUUUAGAGGUGACACACAAAUGCAAAUUGGAGAUGCUGACUACACAGUUCUGUAAACAAAAAUAUAUUUUGUCAGUUAUUUAGACUGAUAUUCCCAAUUUGAUGUGUUGGAGGUUUAUGUAAACUACAAGCAAUAAAAACUCAAGUGCUGGUAGUGCAUACUAUAAUUAGUGCCUAAAGGAACAUCUGUAUUAUAUGUCAUUUUUAGAGUGUCUAGUUGUAACAUACAAGAAGUAUUUUAAUGUUGCAACUCACCAGUUGGAGGCUGUGUUUAAGUACGAUUUGAUACAGUUUGGUAGUUUGGUCAGUGGAGCUACCUGAUACUGAGUUAGAAUGUAACAACAUUUAUUCAAGUACUGUACUUAUACACAACAAUGAUUGUCCUCAGAUGCCAAUAUUGCAUGUAAAUUCCACACAGAUAUGAAACCUUGAACAAAUAAAACAUUACAUUUUUAGGUG